GAAGGAAUCCUGUAUUCUGCAUUGCUGCUGUUCGCGCUCUCGGUGGUCUCCUGGCUUCUGGACAACUACUUCUGCAGCGUGCUGCGGAACUUGCCGGGGGGUUUGCCAUACCCGCAGCUGCACACUUGGUGGCACGUGCUCAUAGCAUUGACCUUGCAUUGCAUCAUGCUCUUGCUGCAUCUGGAUUCGCGACGCCACUCCAGCAGUCUCGUUGUGGACUACGUGGCGGGUUUCUUCCCCAUGAUUCGGGGCUAG